GCACAAGGAAACGUUUGCAGAUCUCCGAUUGCCGCGGCCUUCGCUCCGUGCCCAGAGGCGGGUGGUCCGGGGACCAAAGCAGACGUGGCGUGCUGCCCAGCCGCUCCGAGGCCAUGGCGGAUGAGGGGGAGGCGAAUCUGGCAGAGGAGAGGAAUCAGAUCAAGCAGCUCCAGUCCGACAUUGCGCGGAAGCGCGAGCAGCUGGACCGGCUGAAGCAACGCAAGGUCGCCUUCGACGAUGAGCUGAAGGAGCGGUCCGGGGAGCUGAAUGCCAUCAAGGAAGAGCACAAGUUUGCGCAAAAGAAGGCGCAGAAGGCGUCGCAGUAUGGCACCACCCAAAAGACAGUGGAAGCGGAGACCCACUUCAUGAGCGAUGAGGUGAAGCGGUUCCUCCAGGAGCGGAUCCCGUCCAUGGCCCCGCCGGAAGAAGAGCCCGACAACGACGUGGAUCAAGGCGUCGCGGACGUGGACGCAACCGUCGAGGAUCCCGGCAAGAACCUGCACGACACGGUCCUUAUUAGUUACGUGAACUUCGCGGGGGACAAGAAGGAGGAGGACUUCAAGGUGUCCUACAGGAUUGACCACUCCAUCACGGUGGCGGAGCUUCUGAAGGAUGCCUGCAACUAUUGGGGGUGUUCGCGUCAUGACUACACCCUUUGCAAGAUCGAGAAUGACGAGCCGAAGGAUCUCGCCGAUCACAUGAAUGACUUCCUCCAGAAGGAGCACAUUCUUAGUCCCCAGGAGCAUUCUCACCUGCACCUGGUUCGCAAGCUGGACAUGGACCAGUUCAAGGCCGCGCAGGAGCGCAGGCAGAAGGACCGCAAGGGCGAGGGCGAGGAGGUGGUUGCGGACGAGGGCAAGAAGCUCAUGACCCUGAAGCACGGCCUGGGAAAUGUGACAGCGGAGCAAGUGACGGAGCCCUUCGUGGAGGCUUUGAAGCCCUGGCCUGGCGUGUACAAGCUGCUCAAGAAGAGACACAGGAAGCACGACACGCAGAAGUGGCUCAGGUCCCGGUUGGCGGACUUCAUCAUCUAUGCCAUCAUGAUCAUCUUCAGCGUGUCGUGUUUCUUCUGUCGCACAGAGCUCGAGAAAUAUCUCUUGCGGUACGGGGUGCACCAAGCCCUGGUGGAAGGGCUGCCGGGCCAAACGACCACCGGGGUCUCCAUUGACAUGAGGGAUGUCCAGACCGUGGCCAUGGCUCAGCAGUACCUCUCGGGGUGCUUUGAUUACCAGCUCUUCAACCCCGAUUCUGCGCUCCGCAAGUUCUACACCCCGGUGGGCGACCUUCGGUUCCGGGUCCAGAAGGCAAAGACGCGGACCUGCCAGCGCCCAGAUGUACCUGCGAGCUUGCAGAGAGAUUGCCGAUAUGUAGAGGCGGCGGAUUCCUCCCAGGCCCAGACAGAGAUGCUGGAGUUUCCGGUCAGCCAGCUACCCCUUCUGGAACAGCUAACGGCGGGGAGCAGUGGGGAUCCCACGCUUUGGAAGACCUCCACAGUGGCCACCGAUGACAUCUGGGGCAAGAUCUCGCACAUGUACAGCAGCUCUGGCUACCAGUUCUGGUUCCCCAUCAACCCGGCGAAUCUCAGUGACAUCACCACAAAGAUGGGUGAUCUUGCAUCUCGGCCCGUGUGGCUGACCAGCGACACGCGCUUCCUGGCGGCCGAGUUCACCCUUGCCAAUUACCAUGCAGGCGGCUACGUGUCCUGCUCCGUGGUGCUGGAGAUUGCGCCCAGCGGCGCAGCCGUCAUGCAGGCAGUGCUGCUGCCUUUCCACCUGGCGAACACCGGUGGCGACAACACUGCAGACGUGCUGGACAUCUUCCGGUGGAUCAUCUUUGUCGGCUACUUCUGCCUAUACAAGGUGUGGCGGGCAUGCGAGGACUACACCAUGGAGGGCCAGUCCGGUCUGAGAUACGUGUUGUCCCUGGCUGGCUUGCUGGACGCUUCCACCGUGGCGCUCUUCUUUGCCCUGCAGUACACGGUCCUCAACCUGCAAAAGCCGGGUGAGCCGAUGAGUAGCAGCAACUCCCAGGAGUUCGUCGCUUACAGCCGGUGGGCUUCCAGAGAGGAGAUGAGGCUCAUCGGUGAGGCAGUGCUCGUAUUCCUCUUCACUGUCAGGUAUACCAUGCUCCUGCGCUUCUAUCCUGGCGUCUACCGGUUCUUCAUCCUCUUCUUCAAGUCCUUCAGGGGGGGCAUGUACUACUUGUUCAUCUUCCUGCCAGUGGUCCUUUCCACCAUCUUCUUCGCCAACACGCUGUACAGUCCGUAUGUGGAAGGCUACAGCACCUGGGUGCGGUCGUUGAUGAGCAUCGUGUCUGCUCUCCAGAAUGUGGUGAACAUUGAUGACUUGUACAAUGCCAGCCCAGCUUGGACCUUUGUGUUCACGCUCUACUGCUAUCUGAUCCUCUUCUGCUUCUUCGUGAACGGGUUUCUGGCCAUCACCGCCUAUGCGUACUUCGAAGUCGAGCUCCUGGAGCACUCGGAUCCCAAGUACGAGCGAUGGAGCCGGGACCAAUGGCUGGACUGGGCACUGGCUGGGCCGAUCUAUCGCCGGAUCUCCGGCAAGGAGCCGGGGUCCAGCCGCAAGAUCGGUGCCGCGGAGGACGAAGAAGAUGGGGACGACGAGGGUUCCAGUGACGAGGAAGACUAAGCCCACAAGCGGUUGCUUGCCCCUGCGCCUAGCUCUGCGGGAACCGGGUCACAGUUCCCAGGAGUCUUGG